CAAUGACAUCAAAACUCUUACCAACUGACCAACAGAACUUCGUCCAUCUAGGAAUAGCCGUAGUAGACAAAAUAAAAUUACCAAUGAAAGAUAUUCUUAAACUUUAUAUCAAGCCUAUUGACUUGUACAAUGCCAUCAGCUCUUGCACUGUUUUGUUAACCGGAAAAUACAAACUGAAUGUGGAACAGCGGAAAAUCUGCUUUCUUUCGCCUACGGAUAUUCCUGACUAUUGCAAAUUCGAUGUUUCAUUGUUAUAUAAACUCAUACAAAAUCUGUGUCCGCAUUUAGUACCAACACAAGGUUGGGGAAAACAACCAAAAGCCACUGAUGUUAAGAUUGGUGAUGAUAUCGAGCGUCUCAGGCAGUUCCGAAACGAUAUGCUUGGACAUUUGGAAUCUUCUAGUAUUCCUGAUGCAAUGUUUGAAUCACGUUGGACGGAGAUAGAAGAUGUGAUGAAUCGGAUGGAUUCAUAUUUAAGUAAACAAGGGUUCAAUGCAGUUAAUUAUGAGAAAGAACUGGCAGAUAUCAGGAAAUGUAACUUUGGUUUUGAAGAUAUGGAAAAAUACAAACUAAUGCUAGAAGCAACACUUAGGAUUUUGAAAGAAAAGGAAGAAUUUCCAUCAAUUACUUUACGACGGAAUGCGACAAUAAUGUGUGGAGAAACAGCAUUCUUUGAAGCUGACAUAGAACAAACAUCAAUGUCAACACAAAACUGACCCAUCA